CUAAAUGACGACGAGAGGAAGCAACCGGAGGAGGCAGUAAAUGCUCUUAUUGUGUCUUUGUUAAAGCAUUACUACCAAGCCACUGUAUUGCAGUGCCACAUAUUCAAAGGUGGAUUCGAGUGUAGAGUAGAUUUCUUUGGGCAGCGCGUUUUUGGUACAGAAACUGAUCUUAAUCCCAGCACCGGAAGCGCAACAUAAAGCCGAGGUUUGCAAAGUGCGUCACUGGGCUGAUUACGCACAGCCUGCGGUCCAGCGCCGACCAGUCGCCUCUUCUGUCUGCCUUCUGCAAAAGCCGACCUGCUUUUCUCUCCGCCAGCAUGGUGAAGAUCGCAUUUAACUCCGCUCUGGCGCAGAAGGCGCUGGGGAAAGAGGUGCCAGCCGCGGUGAAGGACCCUGAAGUGGGCUCAGCUCCGUCGGUGACCGAGGGCUCCACAGGUCGCUGUCUGCUCACCCUGCUCGGCAUCGCCUUCAUCCUGAGCGGGCUCAUCGUGGGGGGAGCGUGUCUGUACCGCUACUUCACCCCAAAGAGGGUGUAUCAUGGCGCCAUGCAGUUCAGCGACAUGUCGAGCGGACCUGAGAGCCAGCCGUACUACCUGCCAAGAGUGGAGGAGGAGGUGGAGAUCUCGGACAGCAUGGCCGUCAUCAGCGUGCCCCCUCCCCGCUUCAGACCCGGAGACCCUGCCUACAUCCUCCACGACUUCAACAGGAAGCUGACGGCGUAUCUGGACCUGACCCUGAGGACCUGCUUCGUGAUUCCUCUCAACACCUCGGUGGUGCUCCCCCCUCAGGACCUCAUUGAUCUGUUCUCUCAGCUGAUGUCUGACUCAUACCGCAGCUACCUGGUGCACGAGGACCUCGUGGUGACAGAGCGUAUUGAUGAUGUCAAGCCUCUGGGUUUCUAUAUCCGCCGGCUGUGUGAUGGGAAGGAGACAUACAAGAUGCAGCGCCGUUCCACCCUGCCAGGUGGGGGCAUCCAGAAGCGUUCUGCCGAGGACUGCUUCACCAUCCACCACUUUGAGAACAAGUUUGUGACAGAGACACGCAUCUGCAAGGCUUGAUGGGAACAUGCGAUCGUGAGGUCAGAGAGCGUACGAGCGCGUGUCAGAGGGAUGUCCGAGUGAUGGAGACAGAUGGGGGGGUGGAUGGGGAUGGGUGGGUGUGGAUGAGGAUGGGAGCAAGGUUGAGCUGAAAGUUACUUUUGUAUAAAAAUCUAGUUUUUGCCUCUUCUUGCGUUUUAGCUUGUGUUGAGUGACCUUAAGUUGCAGCAGUGACGCUUAAACCCCCCCCCCUGAUGUUUUUCCCUCUAAACCUCUAAAGCUCAUUGCUCUCUCGCUCAAUAUUCACUAGCUAGUCUCGUACUAUUAACUUAAAGCGUCGUUAGGUUUCAUUUGUUACGUUAAAUAUUGUUUCGUCACUGUAGUUUCCUUCAGACUGAUCUUAUUGAUGUUACUGUAUUAAAACAUUGAGCCGCCCCCAGACUAGAGCGGUUAGUCACCAUACUGGGGGUGCUAGUGGGAGUCUCUCAUGUCAGACCUGUCUUGUUCGUCCUCCUGUCACCUCUCUCAUGCAGCAGCUCGGGUGAGGUGGACCGCCGUCGUGUGGCACGGGUACGUGUGAAGGGGUAUGGCCCAGAACUGUGAUAGUAUACUUUAAAAAACAUGUUUACCGGAUCAUAACAGACAUGCAAAACCAGCCACUACGUUUGUAGAUAUUUCCCAGAAUGCCCUGCUGCUCCCACAGAUCUCCUCUGUCCCGCUGUGUUAUGGUUUAUUGUAACUGGUAGUAAAAACUCUGACGCACUAUAUGAGCAGUAUUUGUGUUUGUGUCGAAACAUUCGUGACUGUAAACUUGAAUGAGUUGAAGGGGCGGCGUGAACUAAAGGGAAAUUGCACAAAAUAUGACAUGAAAGCACACGAUUGUCUAAAAUGAGCUGUUAUUUAUGGAAGAUUAGUCCUAUUUCAGGAGUUAAGUUUUAACUGCGGCAGCUGCAAUGACGACACCUGUUGUCGUAAUCGUCUGAGAUUUGAAAUUGUUAUGAGAACACUUUACUUGUUCAGAUUCAUUUAUACAAAGGAGCGACACAGUUGUCUUUGAUUUUGAAAUCCCUUGUGAAAAAGAUCCAAAAUACAAAAAAAAAAAAAAAAGAAAGUUUCUGCCAAAUAACCUCAAAGUCAUUUUGAGAGGUUUCAUAUGCGAUGCUUGCACAGGAAGACAAUCAAAAGGAGGUUUGUUUCUAAAAAUGGGUUCCUGUCUGCUUUUUACCUGAACACUAAUGCAUUAGAUAGAAACAAUGUUAUGUGCAACUACUGAACUGAACUUCACUUUGUUGUUUGAAUAAAGCUACUUUCUUUACCUACUGAAAA